AUGCUUAAAACGUCGUUUCUCCAUCGACGCGUCGCUCUCGAUCUGAUCGAUUUGGCACCGAUGUUUCUUCUUCUGCUGGUACCCUUGGCGGUGCUUGGCAACCGACCACCGGCCGCUGUAUUCGAGGAUGUGUUCGAGCUAGGGCGACCCAAUUCAGCCUUCCUGGCGACGGCCGAGAGUCGAAAUGGCAUGAAGGCGUAUCUGCGUAAGAAAUACCGCAACCUAAGGGAUCCCGUCCCCCAAGCUUCCACUAUGGCGGCCUAUACCGCCGCCCACGAGCGAUACCAGAACUCGGAGGAGAAGCGAAACGAUCGCAUCCGGAUGGAGAACUUGCGAAAGCUUGCCUCCAUCCGAACGAAGCGACUGGAUCCUCAGGAACAGCAGCAGCAGCAGCACCAUCAACUGGCGACGGGGAAAAAGGCGAAGCGUAUUGAUAUCGUCCCUCGGGAGGUGUUCAAGUUCGAGCUAUCCGAUGCGAUGGUGUUUCACCCAGCCUCCAAAUCGCAGACGGCCGACCAAGAGCCGGAAGUGCGCACCAAGCGUGAAGCGAAACGGGUCGAACCGGUACCGCGCGAGAUCAUCCGGUUCGAGCUGGCCGAUGCAAUCGUCGCGUCGAAGAAAAAGGUCGAGAGCCUCGAGCCGGCCAACGGUACUGCAGCGGCGGCCCACAAAAGGCAACGACGCUCGGCCAGUCCGGAUCCGCGCGAUUACGUAAAGUUUGAGCUGGAGGACGCCAAGUCGCCGCAGAACUACACCGCUCAAGCGCGAAGCGCGCCGAAGAUUACGGAAAAUUUGCGACACCCGUUCACGUCCUCCGACAGCUACAAACGUGGCAAGGUGUUUGAUGAGGUGGUCGAGCGUCCGGAAGCCGGCGGCAGGAAGACCGGUCGGAGCAGAAAGGAAAAACGUGAAAGUAUAAGCCAGCUGGAGCCGGAGCAGGAAGAACUGAGCGACAUGAGCCCGGAGGAGUCGCGGCGCGUCAAGGUACGGGGCAAAAAGCAGAAGCAGGUCGCCAACUACGAGGAUCUUCCGCCUGGCGUGCAGAAAGCGAUCGAUAUAGCGAUCAAGGAGAAUGAGCGAAUGAACGGCAAGGGCAGGGAGUUGGGGCAGGAUGGGCUAGCGGUGACACCGUCUACUCCGAAGUACUUCUUCGGUGACAAGAAGCCGAAAACGAAGAAGCCGUACAGUGGGCCAACCAAAAUAACGGAACCCAAGUUUGUGCCCAGUGCGAAGAUUUCGGAAACCAAGCUGCCAUCGAUCGAAGAGGAAUCCAACGGUCAGACAGGGUUCAUUCCCAGCAAAGCGAUCGGCAUGGGAACGAGUGGUCCGCAGCUGGAGGCAGGAGACGGUGGCAAAACUUCCAGUACGCUGCAAGGCAUUCCAAAAGCCUGGUGGUCGUACUCUGACCUGCGCCGUCCAAAGCGUCUUUAUCACAAGACGCCAGCGCAGCCUCUCGUCAUCAGUCCACAGUACGUAAGCACGUUCAAACCUGCCGGCGAAUCGAGCAGUAAGAUGAACGACUUGUCACCGGGUUAUCACCACCGGCGACCGACACUCUUCGCACCCGUAUCUACGUCCGGUUCGGGCUCCAGCGGAUCUUCGAACGAACAUUAUGCCUACGAGGGUCAUCUGUCCAACGGUCCCGAGGAGGUCAUCAUUAAGGAGCGACCAAAGAUUCAGUACGUCAUCAAGGAGAUCCCGGUGCCGGUGCAAAUGAAGCAGCCCCGCACGAAGAUCACCGUGCAGCCGAGUAUUUCCAUCUCGUACGAUAAGGAUAUCACGAGCCCGGCAUCAGGAGAGGGUAGCUCUGGUCGAGGAUACGACAAUCCGUACGGCCCAAUAGAGCUUCAGUAUGAGCACCGUCAGCCUCCGAAAGAACCGGCGAAAUCGUUCCAGAAUAUGAAAAUAGUGGUCCCGGAUCCAAAAGAAGAGUCUCGAGAGCAGGAACAAUACUACGACCAUAGUAGCUACAACCAUGGAGGCGGUGUCGAGUCCACUCAAGGACCACCCGCACACUCGAAUGAGAUCGACACGACCGGCAGCAGCAUUGCGGCACUUUCGGCGUUGAUCGGCCAGCGUCCGAGUGUGCAGCUCAAGGGAUUGAACGAGCUGCUCCAGAUGCCGAUUGCGAUGGGAAAUCACCAGCAAUUGCAGAAGCAGCAGCAACAUCAUCAACAGCAGCAGCACUACCAACACCCACAGCAGCGUCCUCAAGAUAGUACGGCUCCGGUGACGUUCCCGGAGUCGUCUACACCUACGCCAAAAUCGUCCCGACCGGGCUAUCGAUCCGUACAGAUCGAGCAUGGACCAAAGAUUGUGUACGACGACAGUCUCUACCACACGGUACAGAUGAACCCGCAGCUGCAAGUGCCUAUGAGCAAGGAGUACACUCCGAUCAAGGAAGAGGUACCGGACAUUGCCGACUCGGAUCUGAUAGGACCGACGGUAGCCACUCCAACGCACGCGACGUAUAUCAUAGGAUCGCCAAAGUCAACCCCAGCUCCUAUUGUGGAGCAUCACGAAUUUAACGAAGAAGAAGCCGGCCACGAAACGAACUCGUACCGCCACAUCAAUGUCCACAGCACCCCGGCAACACCGCUGGUUGAGUCGGUGUCUCAUCACUACCAGGAGCAGCAUCAUCACCACCACCAUCACCAUGACGCCGGUGACGAGCACUACGAUGACUCGGAAGGAUAUGCCUUCGGGUAUCGAGUGCGUGAUUUCCACACAGGAAAUGAUUUCGGUCACGUGCAGAACCACGACAACGGUGUUACGCGUGGUGAGUAUCACAUCCUGCUGCCCGACGGUCGUGUGCAGAACGUCCGCUAUACGGCGGAUGAGAAAGGAUUCCAUGCGGACGUCACCUACGAGAGUGUCCAUCCUGCGCCCCACAAUAGGAAAUAA